UCCCCCCCCCCCUCUCUUCAAGGUCAAACCCUUGCCGCGGCCCUUUCCCCUUCCCCUCCCACUCCAAUACACAUAGCCGCAAUGCUUGUGCAAUUCGGCAAAUACGAUGCCAUCUGCAGCGAGGUGGCAUUGAUUGUAUGUCCCCUGCUGGGAACUGACUUGGGACUGGAGCCAGUUUGCUACAGCAGGAAUGUAGAGAUCAAUGGCACGGUCAUCUUCCAACCUGCAACAUGCAUCAUUCACAUUGCCGCCCUCUUCAUGUGCGGGAUCAUGGUAUACCACAUCAGAUCAAAAUACACGGCAGUAGGCAGAAAGGAGAUUGUGCAAUUCUUCUACCUCUACGCCUUCUCAGAGACUCUCGCAAUCUUCCUUGACUCGGCCAUCAUCCCAACAUAUUCCAAAGUCUACGCGUACUUUGCCGCGGUCUACGUCGGCCUAGGUACUGCCAUCUUCUGGACGCUCAUGGUCAAUGGCUUUGUAGGAUUCCAGCUCUGGGAAGACGGUACGCCCAAGUCUCUAUGGUUUCUGCGCAUUUCUUCGCUAGGACUCUUUGCCCUGGGCUUCGUCAUCUCCCUCGCCACCUUCAUCUCCAUUGGCUCCCUCAACCCCACAAACACAGUCGGCCUGUGGAUCGUCCAAUUGCUCUUCCCCAUCAUCUGCAUCGCCAUCUACGUCAUCUCUCAGGUGAUCCUAGUGCUCCGCACACUCGACGAUAGGUGGCCCCUGGGCGACAUCCUCUUUGGAGUCCUGGCCUUUGUCGCCGCUUGCGUCCUCAUGUUUGGCGUCUCUGCGCAGAUUUGCUCCGGCGUAAAGCACUACCUGGACGGCACCUUCUUUGGAGUGCUAUGUCUGCUCCUGGCAGUGAUGAUGGUGUACAAGUACUGGGACUCGAUAACAAGGGAGGACCUGGAGUUCUCCGUCGGGUCCAAGCAGGCUGCUUGGGAGGUCAAGGACUCGUCGAUGGGCAACUCGGACACGGAUGUAAUUACCGCUACUGGAUCCAGUGUCACGCACGAGUCGGGACAACAGGGUGGCGGCUAUGGUGGAAAGGGGUUUGGAGGGAGGGAUAACGGCAGGCUCGCACCAUAUCCUGGGGGAGGUAAUGGCAAGGGUGGGCAGGCCUCGGGAGGAUACCCGCCGAGCGGAUACAGCGGCAACUUCUGAGUUAGGCAGAUAGACCCAUGGACGGACGGACGGACAAACACAUGGACGACGAUACUCUCACACUCUUCUCUGGACAGGCUAUGAAGGCUGUCGGGGGCGGAGAUGAUCACCUCAUGCCCAUUUCACAU